UCCCCACCCUUUUCCAUGUGACAUCAUCACUGACGAGAAAAUGCCAGUGGAAAGAAGCGUCCAGAACAGGAAAUCUACAGUCCAGAUCCUUUCAGAUACCUCACUCAGCCCAGUUACUAAGGUUCAAACUGCUGUUACCUAGUUCCCACCAGGACUCUCCUGAAAUACUUUGGGCUUUAUUGGCACUUCAUAAACAAGAUAAGGAAAGGACAUCCAUAUAGUAGUUAUAAACUAGGGAUAAUUUACUAAAGGAAAACACAUUUCAGGAGGAAGUUCAAGUGCACAGUGAUUUGAAGACAAAAAUUGCAAAAACAAAAUGACAAUGUAUUGAGGAACAGCUUACAUUACACUAGAAAACAAUGGCUUGUGCCUCUGUGAACAUGAUCUACAGAACUUGAACUGUACAGGAUGUUAAGUCCAAGAUUGUGUAUUAAUUUAUGUGUAUGUGUAUUACAAAGUUAACAAUGAUGUCCAACAGCAUCUAAGUAACAUCUUGCUAGUUAGUUAGCUAGUGAACAUACAAGCUAGAUGUUAGUGUCAGGUUUUUUUCCGGAAAAAUCUUUUCAUAGCAUUAUUUCUCUCAUACAGCCAGCUAAUACUCCAAAAGCUAGCUAGCUAGGUAGCUAACGUUGAGCAUAUUGGUGCCCGCAUUUGGUUUUUAUUUUAACGCCACGUGAUGUUGGCCAGCUAUGUGGACAUCUAUGAAUGCUAUAAACCGAAGUGAUUUAAAGUUUUAGAAGCGCAGGAUGCUGUUGAAGUUGGCCAGCUAGAAGUUAUAGAGAAUAACAGUUAACUAACAAGACUUAGAUUUGGAGGAGUCAGACAGCGAAGACACGAUGGGAAGUGGAGCGAGCGCCGAAGACAAGAAGUCCAAAGAGCUGGAGAAGCAGCUGCAGCAGGAUGCCGACAAGGACUCCAAGACGGUCAAGCUGCUGCUGCUGGGGGCUGGUGAAUCAGGAAAGAGCACCAUCGUAAAGCAGAUGAAAAUUCUGCAUCAGGGAGGUUACACGAAAGAAGAGCAGAUAGCGUUCAAGGCCGUCAUCUUUGGAAACAUCCUUCAGUCUGCACUGGCCAUCAUCAGAGGAAUGCAGCUGCUGGGCAUUAACUAUGGAUCCUCAUCUGGUUCGGAUGACGGACAGAAGCUGCAGAACCUGGCAGACUCCAUUGAGGAGGGCACCAUGCCUAGUGAGCUGGCAGACGUCAUCAAGAGGCUGUGGAGGGACUCCGGGGUCCAAGCUGCCUUCGACAGGGCUGCGGAGUACCAGCUCAACGACUCUGCUUCUUACUACCUUAAUGAGCUGGACAGGAUCACCCAGUCGGACUAUUUGCCCACUGAACAGGAUGUGCUGCGCUCUCGAGUCAAGACCACCGGUAUCAUCGAGGAGCAGUUCUCCUGCAAGGAGCUCUACUUCAGGAUGUUCGACGUGGGCGGACAGAGGUCCGAGCGGAAGAAGUGGAUCCACUGCUUCGAAGGCGUGACCUGCAUCAUCUUCUGCGGUGCGCUCAGCGCCUACGACAUGGUGCUGGUCGAGGACGACGAAGUGAACCGCAUGCACGAGAGUCUCCAUCUCUUCAACAGCAUCUGCAACCACAGGUUCUUCGCCACCACCUCCAUUGUGCUCUUCCUCAACAAAAAGGACCUCUUCCAGGAGAAGAUCAAGAAGGUCCACCUCAGCAUCUGCUUCCCGGACUACGAUGGUCCCAACACGUACGAAGACGCGAGCACCUACAUCAAGAAGCAGUUUGAGGACCUGAACAUGAAGAAGGGGGUGAAAGAGAUCUACUCCCACAUGACCUGCGCCACAGACACACAGAACGUCCAGAUCGUGUUCAACGCUGUCACGGACAUCAUCAUCAAGGAGAACCUCAAAGACUGCGGUCUGUUCUAAGCGGUGCUACAAACACAGCGCUUCCCUUUCUCCCUCUCUUCCAUACCUGAUCGGUUCAUUGGCUUCCCUUCCAAACUGCUCCGUCAGAACGGCGAACCCCCAGAACGUUCCACCUCCCCGCAGCCGUCCGUCUCCAUGACGAGCAGAGGCAAACGCAGGGAUUCGCCUAGUCUGCAACACCACAGCCGCCGCCGUCGUCGUCACCAGAGGUCCCCCAAUUCAGAGGAACACACACUAGCGACGCGCACCAAAUUACAAAAGCAACCAGGUUAACGCGGCAACGCGUCCCGUCGAGAUCAAAGCGUUUGACAGCCGCGCGCGGUACCUGACGCAGGAGCUGUCCGUAGUGAAGGGGAGCGGCUAACAUUAGCGGAACAUUUGCCCUCAUUGAUAAACUGUGCAGAUUCCUUUGUUUGCCAUUCCUAUAUGCAAAAUACUGAACAGAUCAGCAUGACACUUGCAAGCUCUCCUUCCCCCUGCAUUUUAAUGUUUUUAUCUAGUAUCUAGCAUCUCAAACUCUGAAAUCAUAAUUAUGUAUAAAAAAAAGUUUAACGAUUUGUACUGCAGAUACUGUGCAGUACAGUAUCCUUAUUGCAAAAUGAGAUCUUUACCUUGAUGUAAUCAGUCCAUUAAUUUAAGUAUGCAAGGUUAUUACAUUUUAUGUGAGAAGGAAUUCAAAAUACAUAGAAAUGAAUUGUAAUACAUUUCUACAUAAAGAUAGACACAAUUUCUGUAUAUGCUAAAAUAAAUAUUUUAAAUAUUCAAAGAAAGUGACCCUGUAGAGAAUAAUUUUAUUUUGAUGCCUGAAGUCUAUAUCAGUAACUCCAUUCUGACCUGUAAUGUAAAGAUGAGAAAUAAAGACGUGUUAGCUCUUCA